AUGGCAACCCUCCCAUCGCCACUUUUGUCUUGCAUUGAGCAGGCGUUGCGAACGUAUUUCUCAAGCGAUGCGUCCGUUCAGGAUGCCGAAGACCCCGCCCAGUUCCGCUCUCAAAUGCUGCUACCUGUUGAUGAAGUUCUGGUGGGGAUGUCAGAGACAUCAUACACUCUUCAAGUGGCUGUAAUUAUCCACACGUGGCAUUCGACCGGGACGAAUCCGCUCCGGACAUUGCCAUUCACCACAGACGAAGCCUCAAUCGAAGGCGUGACGCCCGAGUUCACAAGUCGAAAGCAACUUCUAGAUGUCUCCAUAGACGCUAUCCACUCAUUCAUCGCUACAGUCAUAAGUGACACCGAUGACGAACUUCUAACAGCAACAACGGCACUUGUAGACGACUUCGGCGGCGCCCGUGGGCUUCUGACGUUGCUGGGGUUCCAGCAAACCGUGGGAAGUCGCACCUUGGCCCCUCUUACGCUUCGUCAAUGUCUCGCAGCGUUUGCACAGCGUCAUACCCCCGAUGAGCCGCUCACGGUCGGUGCGCGAGCGUUUAGCAAACAUUGUGCCAGAAGCUCCAGUGGCUGGUGGGGUGAGUUAAAAGGCAACGAUAAGGCCAAGAAUCUACGCGCCGAGACCAAAGUCCGUGAGCUACUAGCUUCUGCUACGUGGAAAAACAUUCAUAGUCUCCCGCACGCUCAUGCGACGAUGGAAAUCCGCAACGCGUUGGGGUAUGGGGCCCGAUGGGAUGCAGAGACUCGAAACUUCAGAGGAUUCCUCGAGCCACCAAUGCUCAAUGGCCAUGAGAUCAAGUGGCGACACUAG